AUGGCCUGCCAGUGCCCCACCUGUGAUGCUGUGGACAGGUUUCUUAGCAGGCUGGUGGCACUGAGCGUGGCAUUCAGGUACCCCUCCCGCUGUGUAGUUCUGGGAUCUCUACCAAGUGUGAAAGUGAAUGAGCUGAGGGAAACCAGAACUGUGCUUCCUGGUUUGGCACAUGUUCAGAGGAGGAGAAUCCCUAGUGCUGUUAGUUCAACAGCUUCUCUCCAUCUUCAUCUUGUGUUCUCCAGGCCUUCCCUUCCACCCUCAGUCAGCUCAGUGGCCCAGCAGUUUUGUAUAUCUACUAUGGGACCUGCGGCAGCUCUUUCUGAUUCUUCGUUCUGUAGGACACUCCCUCACUGCAUCAAGACUCCGUUUCCUUCUCCUGCAGCAGCUUCCUGCUUCCUGGUCCCACUAGCCAUGGUGGAGGUCAGGUGGGGCCAGUGGUGGAGGUCAGGUGGGGCCAGUGAUGGCAUAUACUUAGCAAAUGCUCUGCCACCUGGGCAGGUAUAA